AUGAGGGGCCAUCAUCAUCCCGGCUGCUCGAAGGUGGAAAAUACAGUUCAAGUGUCUCGGACUGCUUUAAAAUGAAUAAUCAGCAUCUUCUAAGCGAAACCUAAGUAACUUUAAGCGCCCUGUCGUCUUUUAUGGGAAAUCUCCAAUAAUAAAUUCCAUCAGAAAAUUAUCACCCGUUUAUCCUCCUUCCCCUGCCCCUUUGUCUCUAUGUUGCUCUAAGAGGAUCAUCAAAACACAGUUAGGACCCACGUACAAGCACAGGCCACCAUGUCCUCCAUCCUUCCCUUCACUCCUCCAGUGGUGAAACGUCUCCUGGGCUGGAAAAAGACUCCAGCAGGGAAUGGAGGAGCAGGAGGAGGAAUUGGAGGAAUAGGGGAGCAGAAUGGAGGAGGACAGGAGGAGAAGUGGUGCGAGAAAGCUGUGAAGAGCUUGGUAAAGAAGCUGAAGAAGACUGGGCAGCUGGAUGAGCUAGAGAAAGCCAUCAGCACGCAGAACAGCAACACAAAGUGUGUCACCAUACCAAGCAAUUGCUCAGAUCUAUGGGGUCUUGGCUCAGGCCACACGAUAGAGCAGUGGGACUCUGCAGGCAUGUAUGGAUACCCCGACCACAGCAGGUCACUGGAUGGACGUCUUCAGGUUUCCCAUCGUAAGGGCCUGCCUCAUGUCAUCUAUUGUCGCCUGUGGAGAUGGCCUGACCUUCAUAGCCAUCAUGAGCUGAGGGCCAUUGAUGCCUGCCAAUAUGCCUUUAACCUCAAAAAGGAUGAAGUGUGUGUCAAUCCCUACCACUACCAGAGAGUGGAGACACCUGUGCUCCCUCCAGUUUUGGUUCCAAGGCACACAGAGAUUCUGACAGAGCUUCCACCAUUAGAUGACUUUACAAACUCCAUUCCUGAGAACACCAACUUCCCUGCUGGCAUAGACCCUCCUAAUAACUAUAUACCAGAGACUCCUCCACCUGGCUACAUAAGUGAAGAUGGAGAGACCAGUGACCAGCAGAUGAAUCAAAGUAUGGAAACAGGCUCACCAGCGGAAAUGUCACCAAGCACCUUGUCACCUGUCAGCCAUGGCCUGGACCUUCAGCCAGUCACCUACAGUGAGCCUGCUUUCUGGUGCUCGAUAGCUUACUAUGAGCUAAACCAGCGGGUUGGAGAAACAUUCCAUGCCUCACAGCCAUCCCUCACAGUCGAUGGAUUCACUGAUCCCUCCAACUCUGAACGUUUCUGUCUAGGGCUUCUCAGCAACGUUAACAGGAAUGCAACUGUUGAAAUGACAAGGAGACAUAUAGGUCGUGGUGUGAGAUUGUACUACAUCGGAGGGGAGGUGUUUGCAGAGUGCCUCAGUGACAGUGCCAUCUUUGUUCAGAGUCCUAACUGCAACCAACGAUAUGGCUGGCACCCUGCAACAGUCUGCAAGAUACCACCAGGAUGCAAUCUGAAGAUUUUUAAUAACCAGGAGUUUGCUGCACUGCUGGCCCAGUCAGUCAAUCAGGGGUUUGAGGCUGUCUACCAACUAACCAGGAUGUGCACCAUCAGAAUGAGCUUUGUCAAGGGCUGGGGAGCAGAGUACAGACGUCAGACAGUAACCAGCACUCCCUGUUGGAUUGAACUACACCUCAAUGGCCCCCUCCAGUGGUUGGAUAAAGUGCUGACCCAGAUGGGUUCACCAUCAGUGCGCUGCUCCAGUAUGUCUUAAACAGGGUUUUGUUGAUGAUGCCCAUGCUAAGUCAAACUGACAUUUCACAUAUGACCAGUAUGUCCUACGGGAGAUCACCAUGCAGUCUUAAACUCAUGUAUUAACAACAUACCAAAACAAAUAAAGGAAGGACACAGUGGACUUGAAGGAUUGGAAAAUGGCAUCAUGGAUGAACAAAAGUUAAAUGGUUAAUUGGAUGUCACAGAUGACCUGAUGACUUUAUACUGUAUUGGACUAAUAUUGACAUUCCAGCCAUGAAGGACCUAAUAAAUGAAAUCAUCCUGCAAUAUCAAAAUGACAUUAGUAAUGUCAUUAUUGGUCAGAUUAGGAAUUUGACUCAGGGUCUGGUCAAGAAAAAAAGAGCAGGAUCACACUAUCUUGUCCUGUUGAUGACAAGUGAAUGGCUGUUUUGGAAAUAGCAAGUGUGACUUUCUAGUUACAUAGUAGUCUCUCCAACCACUUCCCAACCCUGUUGCUUCACUAUGUACUCGACACAGCACAACUUCCAUUCUACCCAAGAUUGUUCAAUAGUAAUACUGCCACUCCAGGUUCUUGUUCCACCAAAAUCAGCUUUAUACCUAAACAUGAUAUUUUUCUCAGUAUUGGUGACUGAAUUUCCAUUCCAGUUUUUUUAAAGUUUCCACUUCUCCUGUUUUUCCAACUAAGCCCAGUGUUAUCAUGAUCCCUGACCUAACUUAAUUGGACUGGUAGUCUUCAGCUUUUAGAUGGUUGACCGCUGGAUGUUCAAAGUGAUGUCUCUUAUUUAUAUGACAUACCCUGUCUUUACAUAAUUGAAUGCAUACAUGUUUUAAAAUAGACAAUCCUACAUCAAUUGAUUUAAUAUGGAACAACUUUGCUUUGAAAAAUAUUAUCUGUGUUUAAUAUCAGUUGAUCACGUACAGCACCCCCACCCCCCACUCCCCCUUGGUUGCAGUUUUAUUUUCAAGGUGUGGUCAGUGGUUAUCCAGCAUUGAAAAUUAAAAUGAGUAAGCUUAGGAAUUUUAAACCCAAAAGUUUACAUAAUACUCAGUUGUAACUUCACAUAAUCUUAAAACGAGACAAUUUUAAGGACACAAGAAUUUAGCUUGUGUUAAGGCCAAGCAGUAAAUUAUUAGUAUUAUUUUCUGUCUUUAUGUCGCUCUCAUUCUGUGUGUGUGUGGGUGUGUGUGUGUGCACAGUUGCCCCUUUGCUGACAUUUAAUUAUUGAGAAGAUGGAGGUAAAACUCCAGCAGUGUGAAACUUUUAAAAAAUAGCGUCUACACUUAACUUGCACUCCCCCAAAUUAUGCACCCUUAAUAAUUAUAGAAGAAUGUUGCCUUUGAUGUACAGUAAAGCUAGAUGUGCUUGAAAUGAGCUGUGAGAGGAAUGUAUUGAAGGCCAAUUGAAGUUUAGACAAUUACAGAAAUAUCAAUAUUAAAUAUCUGUUGCAAUUUUUUUUUCUUGAAUUAGCCUAUAAAUUGUAUCCGUUUGAUAAAAAUAUGAUUUUUUGCCCCGUUUUUUUAAAGCUGGAAAGUGUCGUCAAUGGAAGUUAUAAUCUUUUCUGUUCAAAGUGUGUAAGCUUUAAGUAUUUGAUUAGUUUACUACAAAGUUAUUUUCUUGACCAGUUCUUUUAGCUACAUUUUGUAUUUUUAUGUAUACUUUAUAUAAUGAUAUAUUUCAAAUCUAAUGCUUUCUUGAUUUUUAUCAGAAUUAAAUAUUUUUUUAGAAUAUGCCCUUUGCUGAAAUUGUCACUGCUUGAUGAUUUUUCAAGUAUGUAGCAUAGGAGAUUACAUUUUCUCUGAAUUCACUGUUGCAACCAGCUCAAGCAAUUCUAUUUGUAUCUUUAAUUAAUGAGAAGCCAAGUCACCAUAAAUAUAUCCUUUUUAUUUUCAAACUCUAACUUGGUCUCAGAGUGUCCAGUGUAUUUGGAAUCUUUCAGGUGUUUCAGGGCCUAAAAUUAAAAUUGCUUGUCUUUAUAUUAUAUGUGUUUUUUUUUAGGUGAGGCCAAAAUUAAAAUAACUUUCCCAGAAAAUAAGUUCAUGUUUAAUAAUCAUAUCACAGUGUUACAAAACCAAUUACAAAGACAAAUAUAAAGAUCAAGUUUUUCUGUAUUUCAUUUCAGUGGUUACAUUAUGAUUUUAAAAAAUUUUGGGUUUUGCCUUUUGGACGUUUUGUUGGUCAUGAAUUGAAAGAUACACAUUAUGCUGCCUGUCCAAAAACAUUGCUAUUUUCACUUUAGUCAUAAAAAAGGUUGUCAUUUAACUAAAUUAAUAACAUUUUAACUAAACAAUAAAAUCUAGCAGCUGGACAAAAGAGAAAAAACAUUCAGAAUGUGAACAGUUAGUAAUUACAAAGCCCUGAUACAGAACUGAUACAUUCCAGUUUGCACCUGCUACCCUUACCCAUGUCAACCCUACUGAUUAAUUGUCAAGACAAGAUGUAUGAUUGUAUACUAAAAAAUUUACAGUUUGUAUGUUUAUGUAAGCACAUUUUAUUACAAUUUUACACCCACACAUAUUUUUAACCAUAUUCCUUACAAAGUUAAUGUACAUUUUCUAUUUGAUUUCUCAGUGCAGCAACAUGCAUGGUGAAAUUCAUUGUGCAAAAUUUGUUAAAUAAAAAAACAAGGUCUUAUUUGAUACUCUUAUGAUAGGGCAAAAAAUAUAUAUAUUUUGGUUUAAUCUUAAUUCAGCACAUAGACCAAACAGAAAAUAGUUCUGACACAUAGCCCACUAAUUCAAAAACCCCAACCCCAACUCUGGUACUAAAUGAUGAACUGGAUGGCCGACCUGUUUUUUUAAAAGGCCAUUUUCACCUCUAAAGUUACCAAAAAUUGCAGGGACAAAAUAUUGAAGUAAUCUUUUAUCUGACCAGCAAACUGUUAAGAAUUCUGUUUCUAUAUGUUUGUAUCUAUCUGUCCACCCUACUGUCUUAUUCCUGGUCUGUGUAUUUUUUUCCAUCGUUUUACUUUAAACUUUACUGGACUCUGUAAAAUUAGUUUAUAUGCUACAAUUAAAUCAUGGCAUUUCCCUUCA